AUGAGUGGUAACAGUAUGUAUUAUAACAAGUACGAUAAAUCUCAUAAUACUAACGGUUCAGGUCAAUCUCUUGACGCCUAUAGUAAUAGCCGAAGAGGUGGAGGUUCCUAUGGUAAUGAUAAUUCCAAUAAUAAUUCCCAUCUGAUGAACACACCUUCAGGACCUAGACAAGAAAGAAGAAGACCGACUUUAUAUGGAGAAGAUGAUCAAUCAAAGAAAAGAGAUUAUGAUUCCUAUAGAAGUGAAGAUAGAAGAAGAUAUCCACAGGGCCCUAAUGGAACACCCAAUGGGCCCAAUUCUGGUGGUCAAAGUGGACCUGGUGGACCUGGUGGAAGAUCUCAUCAACAGUAUCAAAAUUAUAAUGGAUAUGAUCAAGGUAAUUAUAACAAUUAUAACAAUUAUAACAACUACAAUAAUAGCUACAAUAACAACAAUGGUUACAAUAACUAUAACAACUACAAUAAUUACAACAAUCACAGUAAUAAAUCCUAUAAUCAAAAAUAUAACGGAUAUCAAUCUCGUACCAAUUCAUAUCAACCUAGAGAGAGAGGACCCAGGGAAAAUGUGGACCAUUACAAACCAAAGCAAGAACCCGAAGAACCAGCAGAAACUUUAUUACCUAAGCUUGAGGAAGCACUUUCCAAACUCAGCGAUGUACCUGUUCUCAGUGAAGUUAAUGUAGAUUCAAAAUGGGGAGUUAAACCUAGAGGAUUCGAGAAUGUUUCAUCUCAUAGAGCCAAAUUAUCUGGAUUAUUCCCAUUACCUGGAUAUCCUAGACCUGUUGAUUUCACAAAAUUAGAAGGUAUUGUCAAAGACAGAAUCUCCGAAGGUGAUGAUAUUUUGAAUGAGUCCAGUCAAAUCAUUCCUAAUCAAUCCAGAGCUAGUAGAUUACUCAUCUUAGAAGGUAUAAAUUUUGAUCAAGUAGAUUAUUUGAAAGUAACAGAAUAUUUGAAUAAACAAUUGAACAAGAUAGAUUUCCCCUUACUCAAAGAUUCCAACAUUGAGAACAAGUUCAAAACGAAGGAUAAUAAGACUUUGAUUAUUGAAUUCACAAAUAACGAGGUAGCCACGAUAUGUUUGGCCAUGAACGGAUCAAAAGUCAAAGUUGAUGGGAACAAUAUUGUGUUAAAUUUCAGAAGACCCAACAGUUACAUAGCUCAAGGAUAUCAUGAUGAAGAUGAACAAAGAGAUAAAAAAGAAAUCGUCAUCGACAGUGCUUUCAAGUUAACUUUGAAUGUAGGCGAAGAGUUUGAAAGUAAUGAUAUCUUAGAAAUUGUUAAGAAAUAUGGAGAAGUGGAAAAGUUCCAAUUGCUCGUGGAGAAAUCCACUAGGAUAUCGAUGGGAAUCGCAUUCUUGGAAUAUAAAGCUGGUGAUGUUGAAGAGACUGUCAAGAAGCUCGAAGAUACAAUCCAACAAUUGAAAACUCAUGAUAUGUUUCAAAAAGUUGAAUUCUCAUGUAUUAUACCUAAUAAGACUACUAUACAAACCAAAUCCAGUGACUUUGAAACGUUGAAGAAACUUGUAAAAAAUGAAUUUGUCAUUCAAACCAAGAAACUGACAGUCAUACAAUUAAUCAACACGGUUACAGCCAAAGAUUUGGUGGAUGAUGGGAAUUUUGAAUUCAUCAAAAAGGAUAUUUUGAAUGAAAUGGAAAAAUUCGGAACUAUUAAGACAAUUAAAAUUCCUAGACCUGCUAAUGAUUUCACUCCUGGCUUGUCCCAAUUCAGUGAACCAGGGUUGGGUAGGAUAUUUAUUGAAUUUGAAACUGAAGAUAUUGCAUUCAAUGCAAUCAUUGGUACUUCAGGUAGGGUUUAUAAUGAUAGAACAAUCAUUUGUUCAUAUUAUGAUGCAGAAGAUUUCAAAUAUGGGAUCUAUUAA